AGAACGCACUUCAGUUGCUUGCAGAAGGCGACGCCUGAGUUAUUCGCGAGUGUCCUUACAGUUCGGGCCUGUGUGCGGUGCCAGCCCGAUCAGCGUUAUUGUCGACUUGUCUGGUUCCAAACUCAGACCCGAGCGCAUCCCGAUCCGUAACUCGGGAGUUUCUGAUUCGUUAUUCCACCUCUCCGAAUCUCGCCUCGCGAUUUCGUCUUGCGCUCUCGCCUCGCGUUUCUCGCCUCGCCGUCUCUCGCGUUCUUAGCGUGCUUGGCUUUUGGGUUCAAGUUCGCUUCGUCGUUCCAGCCGUCCAGGCUUGUCAGACCGUCGCUGUAGUUGGGACGGUGAUUUCAGCUUCGAGGUGUCGCAAAACUCGAUCGUCGCAGUCGUUCGGGACGAAUCCGUGCUUCCAGCUCCUGCAAACAUGUCCAGUCCGUUGGUUGCAGGAAUCGCGGUUGCAGCAGCGGCUCUCACGGCGCGCUACGGCAUAGAGGCGUGGCAGGCCUUCAAAGCGCGGCCCGUGGUGCCGCGCAUUCGGCGGUUCUACGAGGGCGGCUUCCAACCCACCAUGACGCGGCGAGAGGCGGCGCUGAUUCUCGGAAUCAGGGAGAGUGCAGCGCAGGAGAAGGUGCGGGAGGCCCACAGGCGAGUGAUGACAGCCAAUCACCCGGACGCAGGUGGCAGCGACCUACUGGCGUCCAAGAUCAACGAGGCCAAGGACGUGCUCAUGGGCCAAUCCAAGGGCAGCGGUUCCGCUUUCUGAUUGGCUGCCUUCUGGUUGCUGGUUUUGAGGGUCCUAGGUGUUAGGCUUACUGGCGUCCAAGAUCAACGAAGCCAAGGACGUGCUCAUGGGGCAGUCCAAGGGCAGCGGUUCCGCUUUCUGAUUGGCUGCGUGAUGCAUGCUACUGGUUCUUUGCAAUGGGGCUGUGUGUGCGGUUCAAGAGAAGCAAGCUUUCUGCAUCUCUGAGAAGCAGAAGAGCGCAGGAUCGCCAUGGAUGCUGCUGUGGACAAGCCAUGCGACAUGCCUAUUGGUUCUUGCUGCAACAGCAACGAGCAUGGUUUCAUCUCAACACCCUCCUCCACCAACCUGCACCCGACCUGCUGGUUUCGAAUAAUACCGGUAUGCUGGCAAGAGUUCCUCUGUGUGGUCUCACAGGGAUGCUGUACCUAUGCUCUCUCCAGCAUCAACCAGGCUAGGAGUCAGCAGCAGUCGGGUGCUCCACUAAGCAGGGUUACACCUCCGCACCACUUCUUGCCGUGGACGGACAUUGUUCAUGAAUCAUGGGUGUGUCAUCCCAGCGGGACAGGCAGGCAGGGUGCUUAAUCUUCCUUCAUUUGUUUGGGUCGUUGGUCUUCAUUCAUCUUGGCCCUUUCUCGGGAUCUUCAGGAAGGGAAGUUUGGUGAUGGAGCAGGUACAGGGCUCAGGAAUCAGGAGGGAUCCUGGCUGUGUUCUGGCUGAUUUAAGUUUGUACAUACGUAGGAAGAGGGACUUCUUGCAGCCAUACCACUGGCAAUCAGUUAUUACGUUUAUCUAGGCAAAAAUGAG